GCCUCUCUUCACUAUAUAUACACAUAUAUCUGUGACUUGCAAACUCAGUUCAUAAUCCUUUACUUCUUAAUUUUCUACGCUCUUAAUAGAAAAAAAAUGGCCGGAGGAAGUUUUGGUCCGAAUGAUCCAAGCAAAACGUACCCUGGAAAACUAACUUUCAGGGUGAUAUAUACUUGCAUUGUCGCCGCCACCGGAGGUCUAAUCUUCGGCUAUGAUUUGGGUAUUUCAGGUGGAGUUACUUCCAUGGAUUCGUUUUUGAAGGAAUUUUUUCCAAAGGUUUAUCGGAAGGAAUCAUCAAUUACGCCAUCAGAUGAUCAAUAUUGCAGAUUCAACGAUGAGACACUGACGCUCUUUACGUCAUCUUUAUACAUAGCGGCUCUUUUUUCAUCUUUAGGGUUUUCACAUAUAACUCGGAGAUUGGGUCGCCGGAUUACGAUGUUGAGCAGUGGUGUUCUGUUUGCCAUCGGUGCUCUCUUGAAUGGCUUUGCUAGCCAUCUCUGGAUGCUUUACGUUGGUCGAUUUUUCCUCGGUUUUGGUAUCGGCGCUGCCAAUCAGUCCGUGCCAAUUUAUCUAUCAGAAGUGGCACCAUACAAUUACAGAGGGGCACUAAACAUGCUGUUCCAAUUCUCCAUAACAAUUGGAAUUUUAAUAGCCAAUCUUCUCAACUAUUUUUUGGCUGACAUGAAAGGAGGAAAAGGAUGGAGAUACAGCUUAGGGUUAGCUGUGGUUCCUGCUGCGAUCAUCUUCUUCGGUUCGCUUCUUCUUCCCGAGACUCCCAAUUCUUUGAUCGAGACCGGCAAACCAGAAGAAGCUAAACAACAGCUUCAGAAACUACGUGGAGUCGACAAUGUCGACGAAGAGUUUAAAGAUAUAGUAGCAGCUAGUGAUGAAGCUAAGGGUGUUGAUGCUUGGUCAAAUAUUUUAAGAAGACGAUACAGACCGCAGCUUGUUAUGGCGAUUUGUAUUCCGAUGUUUCAACAGCUUACAGGGAUGAAUGUGAUCGUGUUUUACGCCCCGGUUUUGUUUAAAACUAUGGGAUUUGGAAGUAAUGCUUCUCUCGCUUCCUCUUUGAUUACUGGUGUUGUUAACUCCCUUGCUACUUUGGUUUCCAUUGCUGUCGUCGAUAAGGUCGGGAGGAGAUUGCUUUUCAUCGUCGGUGGCUUGCAGAUGCUUUUGUUCCAGAUUAUUGUGGCGAUUGCGAUCGGUGUGAAAUUUGGAGUCUCAGGAAAUCCAGGAGAAUUGCAAAAGUGGUAUGCAGGAGUUGUGGUUGCAGCUAUAUGUUGUUACGUUGCUGGAUUUGCAUGGUCAUGGGGUCCCCUCGGCUGGUUAGUACCGAGUGAAAUCUUCCCGUUGGAAAUCCGAUCAGCCGCUCAAAGUAUCAACGUUUCAGUGAACAUGAUCUUCACCUUUUUCAUCGCACAAGUCUUCACGGCGAUGCUUUGCCAUUUGAAGUUUGGGCUGUUCAUGGUGUUCGCCGCCUGUGUGGUGGUUAUGGUUACCUUUAUUUACUUCUACUUGCCGGAGACUAAGGGCAUUCCGAUUGAAGAGAUGGCCGGUGUUUGGAAGAAUCAUCCUCGCUGGAAACACUACUUUGAUGAUGAAGCUGAUGAUCCCAAAAUUGGACGUUCAUGCUGAAGAAUUUGAGAUUAGUUAGCUUUUCAUCAAGAUCUAUCAAUUUUGCUCUCUCUAAGCAAUAGAGAGAGAUUUUGCGUUUUUGUUUUUUUUUUCUUCUAGUUUUUUAGGUUUUAAUUUGCUCUUUUUUCAAAUAGAUUUUCUUCUCCUGAAUUUGAUUUUAUUAUACAAUUAUUAAUGGCUAAUCCUCUCAAAACCCCUCUA